AUGCCUUUUGGUGGUUUACGAAAGAUGGUUUAUUAUUACUAUUUUGUGGAGGAGAGGUUUUAUGAAAUUGUUCUUGAUAAAGAAAGUGGAGAUGGUGAACUGUUGAAAAUGUUGGAGUUUUGUGAAUCUUUAUUUUUUCGUAUACUUGAACCUUCAUUAAUUCCAAUUAAUUCCCUUGAUAUACUUGAAUCGUACUAUGACCUGAGAGUACCAGGCGAAGGUUGUGGAGAAGACUCAACCAGGAAAAAGGAAGACCUGAAGCGAGAAAUCGAAUUAGGUCCUGAGAUAAUACUAAAAGAUUUAGUCGAUAGUUGCCUAAAAAUAUUGGAAACUUGGAUAUCUGAAUCCAAAAAACCUGAAGAGCUCAAGAAUAAAAUUGAGGGCAUCCUAAAAGGUAAAAACGAAGAAGAAAUGACGAAGCACAUGAAUGAAACAAAUAAAUCUAAAGAAAUAAGAAUCGAAAAGGCCAAACGUGAAGUAUACGAACCAGGACCCCGAAAUAGUCACGAAAUAUACAUAUAUAGGUAA